UGCUGCGUUGGUGAGUCAAGCAGGAACAUGGCAACAGGUGACACAGCUCUUUCUGUAAAUGGGCAGCACAGACGUUUGUUCUAAAGAAACCACAAUUUAACCUGUGCAUGUAAGCCCACAGAUAAUUCAAACACAAGGGUCGAAUUUAGUUAAAUGUUCCUUCUAUAAUGAUGUCACCGAAACCUUCUUAAAAGAAAACCACAUCCUUUUCAUGUCUAAAUAAAUAACUAAAAAGGUAAAAGAAAAGCCAUAGCUUUCACAAUGCUGAACAGAGCAACCCUAAUAUGCUGCAUCACGGCAUUAAUUCUGCAGAGAAUCCCAGGGGAUGAUUGUGCUGAAAUCAUUGGAGGUGAAGAAGUACUGAAUCAUUCAAAGCCUUUCAUGGCACUAUUAGAAGGAAAUGGAAUUUGUGGAGGAGCAUUAAUUUAUCCAAAGUGGGUUAUAACAGCUGCACAUUGCAUUGAUGCGAGCAAAACUGUGAGACUUGGAGUUCACAAUCGCUUUGCUAAGGAUGAAAAAUGGGAAAUUCGGAAAGUUGUAAAAAAAGUGCCUCACCAGUGCUUUGACAACAUUACUGGAAUGAAUGACAUCAUGCUGCUUAAGCUGAAUAAAGAAGUUAAACCAAGCAAAACAAUCUCUUUCCUCCAAAUGCCAAAGUCCAGUACAGACGUUAAAGCUGGAAGUACAUGCAAUGUGGCUGGCUGGGGAAUCACAAACAACAUAAAAAAAACUGGAUCAGACGUUCUGAGAGCUGUCAAUGUCACAGUUAUCGACAGAAUGAAAUGCAAUAGCUUGGAUUACUACAAUUUUGAACCCAUCAUAACCAAAGACAUGCUCUGUGCUGGCACUGGCAGUAGCAAAAAUUCAAAACGAGUAGAUGCUUGCAAGGGGGAUUCUGGGGGCCCACUUCUCUGCAAUGGAGAAUUCAGAGCGAUUACAUCUUUUUCUCACCAAUGUGGCCUCUUGAAAAAACCUGGAAUAUAUACACUGUUAUCCAAGAAGUACAUCGAAUGGAUCAAAAAAGUGACCAAAUCUUAUCUGUAAAACUUUGCUGUCUUUUGUUUUGUUUUUUUAAUCCUCCUAGUUUAAAGCAUGGGAGUUCUGUGUCAUUAUUAUUUAUAUUGUUCAAUAUUUUGGGAUGGUCUUCAAAAUCUUUAUAUCUGUUUUGCUUUGUGUGGAAGUUUUCAUCAGGGACAUUUAUGUUUUUGAUGUGCCGGGAUUGACUGCAAGGUGGCACAGUGGUUGGUGCUAUUGUCUCAUACUUUAGUGGAUCUGGUUUGGGUUAACAACUGUGAGAAGCAGCCCGGACACAGACAGACGGACAUCGUUUGUUCACCCAACACACGUUUAUUUAUACUAUUUACAAAGUUUCUAUGUGCACAACCCAGUGCCACCAGCACCAAUCCCCCAACGUCCAAACUUCUAUCACACUAGUGCCUGCUUCCUUCAGGCCGCCUCCACUCUUCUCCACCAAGACUUUGUCCAGUCUGAAGGGAGGUGGCCCCUUUUAAGCACACCCAGAUGGGUUCCAGGUGCUCCCCGACACUCCUCUUUCACUGUCUUUACACUCAGCUCCCGCUUCACAGCUAUGGAGCACUACUGCAAUCACAGAACAGCUACCAUUGCCCCAUUCCCAUUGUCGAUCUCUUUAUUUUGGUCUCUUUGUUGAAUAUACACAGACAUGAUUCUUCACACUAGGCAGCAUUUGGUUUUUGUAAUGCAUAUGUUCAAAUUCUAGAAGAAAACAGAAAGACCCUGCUUCCACACAGAAGCCAGAAUAUACAGUAUAUGAUAUGUGACCUCUGCAAUGGGGAUGGGAGGUUGUGAAAAUAAAAGAAGGAUGAUUUUCCUGCUAUCACAGACCUGUCUCUCAGGUCCAGAGUCUUGGCAUAGCCACCAUCUGUUAUUCUCCUCAUGUCAGUGAGAGUUUCUUCAGGUACUCGACUU